GACGGGAAUAUCUCCAGCCCGGUCAUCAGUGCACGCCAGCUACUAUACAAAACCAGCCGAGCGCCAGAGGAGAAGAGCUCCGUCUUGCCUUCUCUUCUCUACCUGCCGCACCCGCACAGCCACAGCCAACCACACACCCCACAUCACAACAGCUCCCUCUGCAUCUCCGCCUCGUCGCCGUCGUCUGCCUGCACAACCUUCUUCUUCCUCAUCUCUCUCUCUCUUCUUCCGCUGCCACCCUCCCAGCACCGAGGGAAGGGAAGCCCAGGAAUCUCCGUCCCGCUCCCGGCCGCCGUCCUUCUCAUAACCUCAUCGGAUCUGUAUUGGGUUUUCAGUAAGGAGCAGAAAACGCCUUAGGGAAUGCAGAAAGAUGUGCUUGCACGUCGAAGAGCUACUUUGUGAGGGACUUGGCAGGAAAGCACGCCAUACUCUUCAUUCUCUGCCACCUCUUGAUGACUUCGAAGCUCAAGAGUACACGUAUCUCCACCUCGUGCUUUCGCACAAUGGGGUUCGACGUGGCGGCUCAACCGUCUUCUUAGAUCACCAUCUCGGUGGAGACGGUUGAAGUCUUCACACCCUCUCGACCUCUUUGCUGUCUCAUUUUUUUUAACUGUCAAGGAUAAGCAAGUGACCUCUGUGUGCAUACCACCACCACCAUACGUAGCAUACACAGGCACAGAUGGCAGAGCAUAAAGGGAACGUUCUCUUGCACAAGUAUGAGAUGGGGAAAUUGCUUGGCCAAGGCACCUUUGCCAAGGUUUACCAUGCUCGUAACACGGCGACUUCGGAAAGUGUCGCGAUCAAAGUGAUUGAUAAGGAGAAGGUUAUGAAGGUUGGUCUCAUUGAUCAAAUCCAGCGAGAAAUUUCUGUGAUGAAGCUUGUUAGGCAUCCAAACAUCGUACAGCUCUAUGAGGUCAUGGCCACCAAAACCAAAAUAUACUUUGUGCUGGAACAUGUUAAAGGUGGAGAGCUGUUCAACAAGAUUCAGCGAGGAAGGCUCAAGGAAGACGCAGCGAGGAAGUACUUCCAGCAGUUGAUCUGUGCGGUGGACUUCUGCCACAGCAGGGGUGUCUAUCAUCGAGAUUUGAAGCCAGAAAAUCUUUUGCUCGAUGAGAAUAGCAACCUAAAGGUAUCAGAUUUUGGUCUAAGCGCACUUGCUGAAUGCCAUAGACAAGACGGCCUGCUCCACACGACUUGUGGCACGCCUGCUUAUGUUGCCCCAGAGGUGAUUAACAGAAAGGGUUAUGAUGGUGCAAAGGCUGACAUAUGGUCUUGUGGGGUCAUCCUGUUUGUGCUAUUGGCUGGUUAUCUUCCGUUCCAUGAUAAGAACUUGAUGGACAUGUAUAAGAAGAUUGAGAAAGCUGACUUCAAAUGUCCAAGUUGGUUUUCUACCGAUGUUCGGAGGCUUUUGCAAAGGAUUCUUGAUCCUAACCCUAGUAGAAGGAUCUCGAUGGAAAAAAUCAUGGAGAAUCCAUGGUUUAGGAAGGGUUUAGGUGCAAAGCUACUUAGGUACGAUUUACAGAAUAAGAAUGCCCCUCAUGUGGACAAGAAUGCAGAUUUUGAUUCACUGAGCGCCAACAUAACAACUGAGAGCAAGCAACAUGAAGAAAAGAAGCCUAUCAACAUGAAUGCAUUUGAUAUAAUCUCUCUAUCAACUGGCUUGGACCUCUCUGGUUUAUUUGAAGAAUCUAACAAGAAGAGAGAAUCCAAAUUCACAUCUACCAACACAAGCUCGACAAUCAUAUCGAAGAUCGAAGAUAUUGCAAAGAAUUUGCGGUUGAAUUUGACAAAGAAGGAUGGUGGUUUGUUAAAGAUGGAAGCUUCAAAGCCCGGAAGGAAAGGGGUAAUGGGUAUCGAUGCCGAAGUAUUUGAGGUUAGCCCUAACUUUCAUCUUGUGGAGAUAAAGAAGACGAAUGGCGACACUCUAGAGUAUCAAAAGGUCCUGAACCAAGAAAUGAGGCCCGCACUCAAGGAAAUAGUGUGGGCUUGGCAAGGUGAGCAAUCAAAGCAAAAGCAGGAACAACAGUCGUGUUAAAAACUUAUGAGCUAGUGCAAUACAUCUUUUUAGCCAAUUUCCAAUCUUUCGUGUAUUUGUGUAGUUUUUACUCUUUUAUUAUCCAUUUUUGUUUUCCCGUGUAAUGCCAACAUAAACUUGUGUUAUUUUCUGAGGACAAAUUUAUUUCAAAGAUGUGUUUACGCUGUUAUUAA